AUGAAGGGGAGUGUGGGAGAGGCGACGCCGCUGCUCGUUCACCCCAGCUCCGCGGGUGGGCUUGAUGCCAAGAAACCGAUUCGCGAUUUAAUCGUAAUCUGUCUCGGUUUCUUCCUCAUCUUCGUCGCAUUCAGCACCACGCAGAACCUUGUGAGCAGUCUCAUUCCGGGCAAGCUCGGCACCGUGACGCUGGCCCUCCUCUACGUGGCCUUCUGCUUCUCUUCCCUCUUCAUCAGUUCAUCGGCAACUGAACUCCUGACACCCAAGUGGGCGCUCGUCGCCGGUGCAUCCACCUACUCCCUCUUCAUCGCCGCCAACCUCAACCCAACCGCGUGGACCCUCAUUCCGGCGGCGGUGACGAGCGGGGUGGGGGCCGGCCUUCUGUGGACCGGCCAGGGCGCCUACCUGUCGAACGUGGCCGCCAACUACGCGCGGGCGAUGAACCAACCGAAGAAGUCCGUCCUGGGCCUCUUCAACGGCAUCUUCUUCGCGAGCAUGCAGGCGUGCCAAGUGGUGGGUAAUGUGAUCGGGGUGGUGCUGCUCCUGACGGGCGAGACAUCGAGCGUGGACGGGGUGACUGAGGAGGAUGAGGACACCACUGAGUCGCCCGACCCGUCCGGCGGCACCGAUGAAGCAUCCCCGGGGUCGCCCUCCACGGCGCUGCUGUUCUACACGUUUCUGGGCAUCUCCAUCUCCGCGCUGUUCGUCCUCGCCGCGCUGGGUCACCAGCCGGGCGAGCGGGAGUGGGCGCGCCAGGCCCGCCAGCAGCGCCGCGAAGAGCAACAACAACUCCAAGGCAAGCAGCGCUCGGCAGCACACUACGACGAAAGCGACAUCGACGUGCCCAAGCAUAAGGAGAUCACGCUCGGCGACGAUGAUGAUGAUGUUGGCGUCGACCUUGACGUUGAUGUCGACGUCGACGUCGAGCCGCCCCUUUCCAUGCGGACCGUGCUGGGCAAGGUGGGCAAGGUGUUCCGGCUGCUCACGGACCCGCGCAUGUACCUGCUCAGCGUGAGCAUCCUCUACCUGGGCCUGCAGGCCGGCUUCGUGGCGGCGGACAUCACCAAGAGCAUCAUCCUGCCCACGCAGGGCCUGGCCGGCAUCCCCAUGGUGCUGAUCUGCUUCUGCGUGUUCGACGGCCUCGCGUGCUUCGUGCUGGGCAAGCUCUCCGACAAGCUGGGCAAGAUGAUCUUCAUCAUCGUCGGCGUGUCGGUCCACCUCUCGUUCUACGCCUUCUUCCUCUACAAGUGCUGGUCGAGCGGCGAUCACGAGUCCAUCAAGGAGAUCGACACCGUCGUGCUCUACAUCGCCGCAGGUGUGUUUGGGAUUGGAGAUGCGUGCUACAAUACGUUCAGCGCGGUGAUUCUCGGGACGUUCUUCCUCGACAACACGGAGCCGGCGUUCUCGUGCCGACUCAUCUUCAACUCGCUGGGCUUCGUGAUCAUCUUCAUGCUCGGCCCCUUCGUCUCGCUCUUCAUCAAGAUGGCCUUCCUGACCGCGGUCCUCCUGCUCGGGGCCUUCCUGGUCGUGCUGCUCCAUCUGACCGUCGCCUCCGUCAACGCCACCCCCAGCGACGACGACGAUGCAGAAAACGACGACCUCGAGAAGAAGAAGAAGCAGCAGGAGCUCACUGCCUCGAAGCAGAACGAAAGCAGGAACUGGCGGAGCACGCGCGUCAAGCCGCCACUCUAA